AUGAAGACGUUUAUUGUGCUUUCGAUUGUGGUGGCACUGGUGGCCGGAGCAGCCAUCGAAUCCGGUGAGAAAAACAUCGAGAAGCGUGGUCUGAGUGAGAUCGAAAGCCGAUCGGAUCAUCACCACGUGAAGCAUGUUACCAUUACGAAGAAGGUCCCGGUGCCGUACCCAGUCGAGGUGGAGAAACAUGUGCCAGUUCCGGUAAAGAUCCCGUACCCGGUGCACGUGGAGAAGAAGGUUCCGUUCAUCAUCGAGAAGAAGAUCCCAGUGUACGUCGAGAAGAAGGUGCCAGUGCAUGUUGAUCGUCCAGUGCCGGUGGAAGUGAAGGUACCGUAUGAGGUGCCGGUCGUCCACAAGGAGUACGUCGAGGUGCCCAAGCCAUACCCGGUGCAUGUCGAGAAGCCGUACCCGGUGUACGUGAAGAAGCCAGUCUACAUCGAAAAGCCAGUCCCAAUACCGAUCGUGGUCGAGCGCAAGAUCCCGGUGUACGUGGAGAAACCGAUACCGGUUCAGGUUGAUCGGCCGGUUCCGUACGCACUGCCCAUUGAGAUACCCGUCUUCCAUAAGGUGGCCGUCGAAGUGCCCAAACCAUACCCGGUGCACGUCCCGAAACCCUACCCAGUGUACAUUAAGAAACCGAUCUUUGUGAAGCAAAAGGUGCAACCUCAGAAAAGCACCGUCAAUCGGGUGAAGAAGAGUCCCCCCAAACAGAGCUUGGUCAAGGCGACGAAAGCUUGA